GGCUGCAGUGAUGGAGGAUCUGAACCAGGUUGCUUGCUUGUUUCUUACUGGUAUCCAUUCUUACGAUGACUGGACACUGGACACCCAUUCAGAUAAAGGAGAAUCUUUCACGAUACCUCGUAUGGUAACAGCUCUGCCAGAUGAGGGCCGAAGUCCGCGGAGCCGUAAGUCAAUAGCUUCGGCCGAUAACGAGCAUGGAAGUCCGGAGCACGACGAGAACCAAAUCUCGUUGCGUCCUACCUUACGCCGAGCGGCAACUGAUCUUGCCAAACUUCUCGAGGAAUAUAACCCCUUGCGCCUGAAGUCUAUAACAAGGCAAAAUACACAGCAGCCGUUGAUAUCUGGUCUCUCGGUGUCAUUAUUUUUCAACUGGCUUACAAGCUCCUCGGCGAAUACAGGGGACGGGAAUGGUGUCGGAGCCUCGGAGGAUAAAGGUAGCCCAGGGUCAGAAUUCCGGGGAACUGGUAGAUUCCUUGUUGGCCUGUAUGUCGGUCAUAGAGCCGGAAUAGCGACGAGCCCCGACGAUAUAGGAGGUCAAACGCUCCGCCUCCCGUUUCAGCGCGAGAGGCCAACGCAGACAUCGAAAUUGACAUCCUCAUCUGACGGCAGGAUCAAAAAGGGCCGGCCCAAGGCCAGGUCGGCUCCUUCUGGCAGUCCUCUAGCGAGGGAGAUCUCACGCAGUAUGGCGGAAGCUCUCGUUGGGCAGAUCAGGGCCGGCGAUGCCGCAUCUACGCUCGACCCCUAUCUCGCCGAAGAUGUGGGCCAAACGAGGUGGAAAAGGGGCUUCAGCCGACAGCGAAAGGCACAGGGCGGCACGCCAGCUGCUGGCCAUUUAUGAAGGGGAGUCUGAAGGCUGUAAUUGUUUCCGUGUUCCUUUUCAAUAUGGUGCUGCAGGUCUUCUCGGGUGAGCCUUUCCUACGUGGAUGUUCAGGAUCCAAACCAGCGAGGCUUUCUUUGGGCGCUCUGGUUCUCGGGCAGGCAUGAGGACUAAAUAAGGUAGGCUGCUUUUUCUUGGGAGUAUGGAAGGAUAGAUGGCCGCCACAGGGUACUUUUAACCCGAGGCCUCUCCUUGGUGUAGCAUGGAGACAUCAUUCCUUGUGUACCUCUGUAGAGAAGGGAGGGACCUUGGGGUACUUGCAAGCAAACGACC